CUAUUCACCGAAACCCUCGAUUCUUUUCUCCCGGCGAUUUUUGUUCUCCGGGCGAUUCUUGUUCUCCGGAGGCGAUUCUCUGGGCGAUUCUUGUUCUCCGGUCGAUUCUUAUUCUCCGGGCGUUAACCUUCGAUGUCUCCUCCGUCGAUCAACGGAAAGCCUCCUCCGCUGAGUUCCAUCACCGGAAAGCAUACUGCUCUGAGUUCGAUGUCUCCUCCGUCCAUCACCAGAAAGCCUCCUCCUCUGAGUUCCAUCACUGGAAAGUCUCCUCCGCUGAGUUCCAUGCCUCCUCCGCUGAGUUUGAACACAGGAAACCCUCCUCCGCUGAGUUUGAUUACAGGAAACCCUCCUUCGCUGAGUUUGAUGACAAGAAACCCUCCUCCCCAGAGUUUGAUCACAGGAAACCCUCCUCCGCUGAGUUUGUUCACAGGAAAACCUCUUCCACUGAGUUCGAUCACUGGAAAGCCGGUGAUUGUAAGGGUUAAGCGGAAGGCCUCCCAAGCAAAACUUGAUUCCUUCUGGUUGGAGAUUAAUGAAAGGCCACGUAAAAAAGCAUUCUUGGGUCUUGGAAAUCUCUCCAUAUCUGAUUGCGGCACAGGAAAAGUUCUCAAUGAGCUUGCAAGUAAGAAGAUGUUAGUUCAGCGUCUUGAGACAGUUGGGCACUCCCAGUCUGUCAAAGAUGUGCUGCAUUCUUUUCUGCAGCAAGCUUCCAGAAAUAUAAAAGAAUUCAAGGAGAGAUCUAAGGAGCGUAGAAGUUUGUAUAAACCUGAUAAGAAACAUGAUCAAUUGCGGGCCAAGGCUAUAAAAGAGCAUGAGGAUCUUGCUAGAAGUGCUCGAUUUGAACAAAUAUGGAAGAAGAGGGGAAGCAUAGAUGCAGAAGAAUGCUCUUUGCAUGAAAAAUGUCAUUUGUAUGAUGUUGUUCGAGUUGAUGCCGAGGAUGAAACUCACCAAAGGGUGCCAAAUCCCAAAGUUGCUAUUGAGGUUGGUGGUACAAGUUUGGAUAAGUAUUUACCACUUCUAUGAGAAUUCCUUCCACAAGCAGCUGAAGAGAUUGAACAUGACAAAGCAACUACGGAAGAUAACUUUGUUUACGACAUAUAUACUAUGGGCGUUGGUGUGGACACAGAUACGGAUAACAUUGAUGAGUAUCCGUUUGUGCAAGUUUAUGUAGAGGACGAUUAUUAUGAUGGUCCGUUACAAUCUGGUUAUGAAAGUGAUGAUUCAAAUGCUGAGAACAAUCCAUGGAAUGAUUAUCGCGAUGAAGAGUCUGACUUUGAAGAUUCUAACUCGGAUUAUGAUCAAAGUGAAGAGGAAGAUCGAGAGGACUCGAUAUGGGGAUAUCGGUAAAUUUGUAAGCUCAAGCAAUCACUUCUGAUGCUGAAGAGUUAGAUGAGAAUGAAAAUUCUGUCAUUCAUUUAGAAGAUUUCUGACUCAGAUUAAGAUUAUAAACGACAAAAGUUAUCACUUACCAGUGAAGAGUAAAGGAAGAUCGAGAGUAUUGGAGAUGGAAAUGUCAAUUAGUUUAUUGUGCAUGUAUUAAAUCGAGACAGUGAUUGUCUCAUUUUGAUGUAUAUUUUGUGUUGGCUGAUAUUUUGUAACUGGACAUCCAAAGUUGGUCUGUUUGGUAGUUAAUGUAAUAGAACAACUUCAUCAUGUAAAUAUGUAUAUUUUUUGCA